UUUCUAGGGUAGUGUGCGGAAAAAUUUUCAUUUCUUUGACAACAUGGCGAACGACGUCGGGAUGUGGAAUGUCCUUGUCAUGGGCUUUUCCUUUAUGUUCAUGUUCACAGCCUUUCAAACGACAAGCAUGAUCGAGCCAACUGUACUGCAAAAUUUCACAGGCAAUAAAAACGAUGAAAAAAAUAUAAGUGGCUAUUUAAGUCAGGGUAUCAUCUAUGCUGUGUUUGCAUUGGCUAACUGGCUGGCACCAUCUUUUGUGGGAAUAUUUGGACCAAGAGUCUCAAUGAUUGUGGGAGGGAUCUGUUAUGCCCUCUUUAUAGCCAGCCUUAUUGAACCAAUAGCAUGGAGUGUAUAUUUGGGAUCAGUUGUUAUUGGAUAUGGAGCAAGCAUAAUAUGGACUGGUCAAGGUACUUUUCUUACAAUGAACUCCAAUCCAGAAACAAUCUCUAGAAACAGUGGUAUUUUUUGGGCAUUGCUUCAGUGUAGCUUGCUCUUUGGAAACAUGUAUGUUUACUUUCAGUUUAAGACUCAAAUUGGAGGAAUCAGUGACUCUGUUAGGAAAACAGUUUAUACAGUAUUCACCACAGUUUGUGGUUUAGGAAUAUGUCUUUUAUUCCUUCUACGAAGGCCAUCUAGUUUGCCAUCAGAGGUAACUGAGAAUGAGAAUGAUGAGAGAGAAUUAAGUCAAAACAUCAGGCGACGUCCAAACUCUGAGAAAAGAGGUGCCCUGGAGUCACUCAAGGUUGCUGUUAGGCUGUUUUUCACAAAGGAUAUGUUUUUCCUUAGCCUAUGCUUUGCAUACACUGGUCUUGAGCUGACAUUUUUUAGUGGUGUGUAUGGCACAUGUGUAGGAAACACACUUGCCUUCCCUAAUUCCAAACGUCUAAUUGGAUUGGUGGGAAUGCUCAUUGGUUGUGGUGAGAUUACUGGUGGUCUUAUAUUUGGAAUUUUUGGCAAAAGAAGUAACAAGUUCGGAAGGGAACCCAUUGUACUUUUUGGGGCACUUGUUCACUGGAUUUGUUUCCUCCUUGUCUUUUUCAACAUUCCUGAUCAUACUCCUCUCAGAGAAGAAUCAGCAGGAACAGAGGAAUACCAUGUAUUUCCAGGAGGGCCUAACUUACCUGUUGCUGUGCUUUGCGGUUUCCUUCUGGGGUUAGGUGACAGUAGCUUUAAUACACAGAUUUAUGCAAUUUUAGGUUCUCUGUAUGAAAAGGAUAGUGCUCCAGCUUUUGCAUUGUUUAAAUUUGUACAGUCCCUUACAGCAGCCAUUGGAUUCUUCUACAGUCUGGAGCUUGUUCUAAAAUGGCAACUGCUUAUUCUGGUGGUUUCUUCAUUUUUUGGAACAAUUGGUUUCUUUCUAGUAGAGUGGAAAGCAAGGAGAGCUGCUAAUCAGGGUUAUGUCCCUAUAUCAAGUUGAUGCACAGAAGAUUAAUAUAUCUAAUAAUUAUUUUUUGCAUGGUGAACAUAUGCAGGUUGUUCUUUACAAGGGUUAUAGAGGAGGGAGGGGGGGGGGGAAUUCAAAGAAGUUGGGAAAUAGUAUCUUAACAGUGCAAUACUGUAUUUCAAUUGAGCAUCAUGUAACUGAAUUCAAAGUUAUCAGAAUGGCAAAGAAGAAGAAAAGUGCACAUUUUAAGGGUGGAUCAGAACUCAAGGCCUAAGUAAGACUACUUCUUGAAGUCAAGAAAAUUCUAAUGAGCAGUGGAGUAGAGGCGCUGUGAUUCUGUGCAGUGGUGCUGUCCAGUCACAGAGGGUUAACAAGCAACAAUGAAUGCAAAACAGUUAAUGUGUACAAAUGACUUUGUGAAUUAGUUGAAAAUGCUCACUUUUGGUAGGUUUUGAAAAUUUUUCAGUGCAAAACACAAGUUUUGCAAAAUUUUGUACUCUGUAAGUCAAGUUCAAUUUUGAAAUUGUACAAUGUGGGAAUUCACGGAAAAGUUGAUAUAAUUUCAGUUUCUUUUUUGCUAACAAGAUCAUUGGUCAUUGGUCAGUGUUUUCCAUUUUGACCAGAAAACAAAAAGACAUCUUUAUUCUAUCCUUAUAGACAUUGAUUUAAAGAUUGCUCAAAGUAAAAAUUCAUUUCUUUGCAUCCACAACAGUAAUGUCAAAAAGAUAUGCUUAAUAUAGAAGACCUAGACCUGGCAUUAAAUUUAAGUCAAGUGUUUGCUGCUGAAGUGAUGAAAUAAAUAACUUCAAUUAAAUAAAAUAUUGAUCAUACAUGUACCUAAUUAUUUUCUCUCUGUGUAGAGGUACUUAAAGAAAUAAAAAUGUGAUAAUGAAACUCAAUCUCUUAAAAAGUUUGCGCUUCAAAAUAGUUGAAAUUACUCACAAGUAUAAAUGUAAAUCUUAACAUUCAUAGAGGCCAUGAAUAAAAAAUUAUUCUCGUACUGGA